AUGAAAGACCUUUGUAGAAAUUUCCAGCGAGGCAGCUGUAGUUAUGGAGAAAGGUGUAGAUUUCUUCAUCAACAACCAAAUCAACAGCAGCGAAAAUCUAAUGCCUUUGGAGGACAGACCAAUAAAAACCCCUUUGGGUUUGGGUCUGCUUCUGCCUCUGCUCCCAACCAACAACAAAAGAACAAUCCUUUUGGUUUUGGAUCACAGAAUACCUCUCAGUCAAACGGGGCCCCUCGUUCCGACUCCAAACCAAACCAAUUCCAGCCUUUUGAAAACAAAUGGAGUCGAACGUCAUCCAAACCUCAGAAUGGCACUCAACGUCCCUCUGAUAACAAUUCCCAAACAGUGAAUCAUAAAUGCACAGAUCCUGAGAUUUGCAAGCGCCAGAUUGCAGAAGAUUUUGAGCAAGAGAAACCACUUUGGAUACUUACAUGCUAUGGUCAUUGCAAAGGUGCUCCUUGUGACAUUAUUGGAGAUAUUAGCUAUGAAGAAUUACGGGCAUCAGCUUACGAGGAUGCUAAGAACGGAAUGAGUUUGCCGCUAAUUGUUGAAAAAGAGAGAAACAUACUAAAAUCCAAGUUGGCUGAGUUUGACAAACUACUUUCUGAACCCUACAAAAUGCCUCUGAAUUCUUCUCUUGACAUUCAAAAGUACCAAUCUAAUGGAGCCAAUGCAAAUGCAUUUUCACCAGCUACGCAAAAUAAUGGUCCUUUAUCAGUCUCAAGCUUUAGCCAACUGGGUGCUUCACUGAACACUGGUUUUGAAAGGCCCUCUGCACCACCAGCAAUUGCUCCAGCGCAGCCUAAUUCCUUUGGUAGUGGAGGAAACUUUUUCACAUCCAACACAGGAAACUUAUUUGGAAGUGGAAUCUCAGGUUCUCAAAACAACACAGGAAACUCCUUCACAUCCAACACAGGAAACCUAUUUGGCAGUGGAGUCUCAGGUGCUCAAAAUAACACAGGAAACUCUUUCACAUCCAACACAGGAAACCUAUUCGGCAGUGGAGUCUCAGGUGCUCAAAACAACAACCCCUUUUCUACUCCAGCAGAGUUGACAAUGUUUCCAGGAUCAACUUCCCAGUUCCAACAACCAUCCAUUGCGUUAAAUAAUACUAGCUCUGCCACAAUGCUUCAGACAGCAUCAUCGGAUGUUCAGUUAAAUACAUCCCAAGUGGAGAAUGCGUCUGUAGAUGACAGUAUCUGGUUAAAGGAGAAAUGGAAUCCUGGAGAGAUUCCAGAAGAAGCUCCUCCAGACAGAUUUAUUCGGUAA